AUGUCCAAAUUCGGUGUUCUGGUCAUGGGCCCCGCUGGGGCCGGCAAGACCACUUUCAGUAACUCUCUCAUUCAACAUCUGCAAAGCACCCGUCGCAGUUGCUUCUACGUCAACCUCGACCCCGCCGCCGAGAACUUCACCUACCAACCCGAUCUCGACAUCCGGGAACUGAUCACCCUAGAAGAUGUCAUGGAGGAGCUGGGUCUAGGCCCCAACGGCGGAUUGAUCUACUGUUUCGAAUUCCUCCUCCAAAAUCUCGAGUUCCUCUCCGAAAGCCCUCGACCCAUUAAGCGAAGAAUACCUCAUCAUCUUCGACAUGCCCGGGUCCCCCUAAAUAUCAAUCUCUGCGCCGCCUAUCUCCUCGAAAGCACCUUUGUCAUCGACAAGGCGAAAUUUUUCGCGGGCACCCUGAGCGCCAUGUCUGCUAUGCUCAUGCUCGAGAUCCCCCACGUCAAUAUCCUGAGUAAGAUGGAUCAGGUCAAGGAUAUGGUUUCGAGGCGAGAAUUCAGACGCUUUGCCAAUGUCGAUAUACAAUUAUUGCAAAAUGACGAAGAAGACCCUGCCGUCACCGCCGACCCAAUGGCCAAGGAUGCCCUGAUGAGCGGUGGCUCGUUCAAGCAGCUCAACCGUGCCGUCGGCCAGUUGAUUGAUGACUUCAGCAUGGUCUCUUUCUUACAACUCGAUGUCUCGGAUGAGGAUAGUGUCUCCGGUAUUCUCAGCCACAUCGAUGAUGCUAUUCAAUACCAUGAAGCGCAAGAACCCCGGGAACCAAAGGACGAACAAGAAGUCAACUAUGAAGAGGAGUAG